CUAGAUUAUUAUUUCACGUUUGUGACUGGCUAUCAGAUUGCUUAUGGGUCUGACUUUGUAUCUUUUGGCUAUAGACAAUUUUUAGUUUAGGGACAGAAGCACCGAAAUGAAAGGAAAUUAGUUUGCAUCGUAGAUUCUGUAAUACCUGAUAUAAUGUCACCAAUGUCACUGAGACUUUAUAUUCUGUUACUUUCUUUGACUUUGACUGUCAAAAUAGUUCAAGUAUUUGGACAAACUGAAAACUGUCCAACAGAAAAGGAUAUUAUUUCACGAGGGAAAUGUUACACUUUCUUGAAACAACGCCUAACAUGGCUUCAAGCAAAAGCGGCUUGUGAAUCCUCUUCUAUGUCCCUGGCUGAGUUUGAGAAUAAGGAAGAAGCAAGUUUUGUAGUGCAAAAUUCGGUUGAAGUGUAUUGGAUCGGCGUCUACGAUCUCGACAACGAGCAUACGACCUACGCCUGGCUUAGCAGCAACAAAACAGCCGAUAUAGAUUAUUGGUACCUGGUUCCAUCCUAUGGAGAGAAUAUGUGUGUGUUCAUCACGUGGACGAGCGGCCCGGCUGCUGAUACCACAUCCUGUGACGUAGAACACUUCUAUAUCUGCAUGAGUCCACUACAAAAUAACUCAGCAUCUACAACCGAAACAUCAUCCAUAACAACCGCUUCUACAACUGAGACACCAUCAAUCACAAUUUCUACAACAGAGAAGCCAUCAAUCACAACUUCUACAACUAAGACGCCAUCAAUCACAACUUCUACAACUAAGACGCCAUCAAUCACAACAGCUUCUACACCUAAGACGCCAUCAAUCACAACAGCUUCUACAACUGAGACGCAAUCAAUCACGACAGCUUCUACAACUGAGACGCAAUCAAUCACGACAGCUUCUACAACUAAGACGCCAUCAAUCACAACAGCUUCUACAACUAAGACGCCAUCAAUCACAACAGCUUCUACAACUGAGACGCAAUCAAUCACGACAGCUUCUACAACAGAAACGCCAUCUAUAACAACUUGUACAACUGAGACGCCAUCAAUCAAAAUUUCUACAACUGAGACGCCAUCAAUCACAACUACUUCUACAACUGAGACGCCAUCAAUCACAAUUUCUACAACUGAGACCCCAUCAAUCACAACUUCUACAACAGAGACGCCAUCUAUAACAACUUGUACAACUGAGACGCCAUAAAUCACAAUUUCUACAACUGAGACGCCAUCAAUCACAACUACUUCUACAACU